GAGCGGAGAGGUUCCUAUAAGGUGUCAGGAUGUCGCUGUCUAUUUCUCCAUGGAGGAGUGGGAGUAUUUAGAAGAACACAAGGAUCUGUACAAGGACGUCAUGAUGAAGAAUCGCCAGUUCCUCACAUCACCGGAUGGAUCCAGUCAGAGAAAUCCACCAGUGAGAUGUCCCAGUCCUCUGUAUUCCCAGGACUGUCCACAGGAAAAGCCGAAUAUCCCACUGGAUUAUCAGGACAGUUCUGGAGGAACAAUGAUCAGCUUAGAAAAACCUGUAUCAAUGUCAGUGAAAGGUAAAGACAGGUUGAGCAGCUCCCAUGGAUACUUAAAUUUAUCUUCCAACCAUGAAGCAGAAGAAAACAAUACCACACAAGAUAAUUCAAUAACUCCUAAUGUAUCCUCAGUCCUUCAAAGCGAAGCUCUAUCCACCGACACCACUGGUCACAAGAAAAGUUUGUGUAAUCAAUCACUGAUUGGCAAAACAAGAACUAAACAGAAAUGUGGGAAACAUUUUAAAAAAAAAUCUUGUUCAGAAUGUGGGAAAUCUUUUAGUCAGAAAUCAGAUCUUGUGUGCCAUCUAAGAAUCCACUUAGGGGAAAAGCCAUUUUCAUGUUCAGAAUGUGGGAAAUGUUUUACUGGUCAAUCAAGUUUUAUUCGGCAUCAGAGAACUCACACAGGGGAGAAGCCAUUUUCAUGUCUUGAAUGUGGAAAGUGUUUUAGUCAGAAAUCAAAUCUUGUUACACAUCAGAGAACUCACACGGGGGAGAAGCCAUUUAUGUGUCCUGAAUGUGGUAAGUAUUUUGUUGUGAAAUCAUUGCUUUUAGAACAUCAAAGAAUUCACACAGGAGAGAAGCCAUUUUCAUGUUCAGAAUGUGGGAAGUGUUUUAGUCAGAAAUCAAGUCUUGUGGGCCAUCUAAGAAUCCACUUAGGUGAAAAGCCAUUUUCAUGUUCAGAAUGUGGGAAAUGUUUUACCAGUCAAUCAAAUUUUAUUCAGCAUCAGAAAACUCACACAGGGGAGAAGCCAUUUUCAUGUCUUGAAUGUGGAAAGUGUUUUAGUCAGAAAUCAAAUCUUGUUACACAUCAGAGAACUCACACGGGGGAGAAGCCAUUUAUGUGUCCUGAAUGUGGUAAGUAUUUUGGUGUGAAAUCAUUGCUUAUAGAACAUCAAAGAACUCACACAGGAGAGAAGCCAUUUUCAUGUUCAGAAUGUGGGAAAUGUUUUAGUCAGAAAUCAUAUCUUUUGAGCCAUCUAAGAAUCCACUUAGGAGAAAAGCCAUUUUCAUGUUCAGAAUGUGGGAAAUGUUUUACCGAUCAAUCAAAUUUUAUUCGGCAUCAGAGAACUCACACAGGGAAGAAGCUAUUUAUAAUGUCUUGAAUGUGGGAAAUGUUUUAGUCUGAAAUCACAUCUUGUUAAUUCAUCAGAAAACUCACACAUGGGAGAAGCGAUUUAUGUGUCCUGAAUGUGGUAAGUAUUUUGGUGUGAAAUCAUUGCUUAUGCAACAUCUUAGAAAUCACACAGGGGAGAAGCCAUUUUCAUGUUCAAAAUGUGGGAAAUGUUUUACCAUUCAAUCUAAUUUUAUUCGGCAUCAGAGAACUCACACAGGGGAGAAGCCAUUUUCAUUUUCAGAAUGUGGGAAGUGUUUUAGUCAGAAACCUUGUUAAACAUGAGAGAACUCACUCAGAGGAGAAGCCAUUUUAAUGUUUAGAUUGUAGGAAACGUGGAGCUUCAUUAUAGGACCUGCAGCCUUCUGAUUUAUAACUUGUGGUUUUAAUACCGAUGACCUAUUCUCAGGAUAGGUCAUCAGUACCUGAACAAUGGAGAUCCAACAGCUGGAACGCCCACUGAUGAACUGCUGGAGAAGGCAUCAGCGCUCACAGUAGUGCUGCUGCCUUCUUUCAGCUUUUUUCUAGGCCAGUGUGACAACACAUUUAUCGGUCAAGUGGCCUAGGCACAACUCAUCCCCAUAAUAGUGAAUAGGGCUGAGCUUCAAUUUCAAGCACAGUGGCUAUACUAGUCUGUUUAGACUAUUUGGCACUGUGCUUGGUGAGCUGAGAGAAGUCUGUGGUGCUCAAAGGAGCUCCGGUACCUUUUCAAAUAGCUGAUCGGUAGGGGUCCCGGGUGUUGGACCCCCACGAUCAGAUACUGAUGACCUAUGCUGAGGAUAGGUUAUCUGUAUUAAAGUCUUUGAAAACCCCUUUUAACCCAUUGAGGAUCAAUGUCAUAUUAGUACUGUACAGACAGAAGUACUAAAAAACCUGCACUAAACUUUUGUGACAUUGUGAUCACAUAGGCACUACUGCUGUGCCUGUUAGAGUAGGACCACAGGUGUAAUACAUGGCCAUCAUCCUGGCUGCACAACAUAGAUCACUGAUCACUGUUUAACUCCCUACCUGCUGUUAUCAAAGCUGAUGGAGGGGAAAGCAAAAGGUCAUCACAUUUGAUGUCAUUAAAACAUGAUGGAAAUUCUGAUACAAAUUUGCCAUCUUACUGGUCAGGAGGAGUACGGAACAUGUUGUUUUAUUUUUUGGUCAUUUUUGUAUCUGUAUGAUUACAUAAUAGAAAAGACACAAAGGAGAAUAUAUAGGGACAUACCCUAUUGUAGAGCAUAUCAUAGGGCCAUACAGUGAGCAUAUACAGAAGUCGUGUGUAAUGUUCAAUAAAUUUUCCAAUUUACAUUGUCCCUAUCCUGUCUAUACCCAAUCUAUAGAAUAAAAUAGACAGAUCACUUCUCUAGCAAUACCCAUUACAUGUUUAUGAAGGUUUACUGUAUGUGUUCCUUAUCACACAAAAAGAAAAGAUAAUGGCGGUAGUGCGUUCUAAUAAAAUAACUAAAUCACUGCCUGAUAGAACGUAUUAAACAAAAAUAAUAAAAUUCUUUAAUAAAUAUAAAAAAAAAAACGGUGCAAGCAUGCCCUAAGAUCUGGGCAGGCAAGAGAGGUGCUCUAAAUGUGCA